UCCUUUUGAAAAAAGAAACAUCAUCGAAUGUUAUGUUAAUACCACAUUGAAAUACUUAAAAAAUCAUCUUAAAUUGGGUCCUUGAUUGUCGUAAUAAACCAGUUUGACAUAAUAUGCCCAGACUUGUACCUUCUAUAUAUUUCCAUGUAGGGCUUUUUCCCUAAUUUGCACAGAAAAAAAAAAAAACUCCCCGUGUAAAAGAUCUAAGAAACUUGCUCGAAAUCACCUUCUCUUGUAGAGCGCUGAGAAGACAGGUUAUGUAGCAGAUAAUAAGAGGAAUGCAUUGUAAACCGCAUUCGAUCGAGUACAGCGACAAGGGACAGAGAAACUACGCACCGCCAAGUCAGUAUAGGGUGGAACGGGCGAGGAAACUACAAGCAUUGACCUCACUAGAGACACGAUGGACGCAUCCUUGCAGUGAAUGUCGCCAUCUAAUGAACUACUUUUCCGUGUACGCGUCCCCGGAUUUUUCACUAUGGUUUGGUAAAUAGCAAAUAGCAACCAAUCACCGUUCGAAAUGUUUCGUUUGAUCGCCGAUCCAUCCUGGAGGUAGAACUAGAUCCAGGCAACCUCACAGGUGGAAACCCUCUAAUAAGCUUUUCCCAUUAAGCGCUAUCGUGUAACACAAAGGCCAAGAAUGACUUUCCGGGUUUACCACAUCAAGUGAUUGUCUACACAUGUCCAUAUGUGCAGCAUAACAUAGCACAAUUUGCUCCAGAACCUGACAUGACCACAAAAGUCAUGGGUCUUCGUCCAGGACCCUGGCGCAUGAUCAGGAAGCAAACACAUGGUUUCAUCAAACGAAAAAACCGCUAGCGCAAAAAAUUGACUUCGAGCUUUAUUCAAACCGCAGCCACAAUAAGUAACCACAAAUCGUUCCUAACAAGCUGGUGGAAAAUUCAGAGCAGGGCGAAGGUAUGGAAAACGAGAAUACCACCAAACUUUUCCAACUACAGGAGACACUCCAAGACAGCAGAAUUUUUGGCGCAUCAGAUUGACAAUAUCCACGAAAAUUUGCAAAUUUUGACGAAAUUGCGGGCUCUUACAGCUAUUAACCAUGUUUUUCUUUGGUGUGAUGCUGCAGAACCUUCAAAGGAGCAACUUCAAUGGCCAACGCUGACAGAAUUGUUCACGUCCAAAACGGAUUUAUGGACUCUCAUUUUGAUGACAUGGCAUCCAUAUUGUGCCAAUUUCAGAUUCAGGACCUAGAGAUCACCGCUGACACACGAAAUACCCACACACGUAUGUUGGAAUAUAAUUCCCAUGGCAACCUGCAGGCAAUUCAUGGCAACAUGCCAUCAAAUCAUGGCAACAUGCUAGAAAUCUAUGGCAACAUGCAGGCAAUUCAAGGCAAUAUGCAAGCAAUUAAUGGCAAUGUGCAUCCAAUUCAUGACAAUAUACAAGCCAUCCAUGGCAAUAUGCAAGCAAUACAUGUAAACGAUGACUGGCAAGUUAAUCUAUUGGACAGAAUGGGAGGUGAAGAACUAUGAAAGACCCUGCCUCAUCAAAGACUGUUGUGUUAUAUACCUUGUGUUAUAUAUAGAAGAAUAACUUGUAAGAUGCUCAGUUUAGAUAGUAGAGUACAGACGAUAAGAUUCCCCUACUUAAAGGUACCUACAUAUAUGCACAUUCAAGAGUGACCAGUUAAACUGAAACAACCAUGUGUUCAAGCGUUUGUCAUUGGAAGAAAACAAGAGUUGAGUAAAAUGAAAAAACUUCACAUGAACUCUAGAAUAUUUCUGAACCCUUUAUUUUCAUUCUUUUGUUUCGGAAAGAAAAAUAAUAAACAUAAUCUUUUUUAUUUAUUGAGGUUCCACCAUCAAUUCAGCCAUCUACACAUAUGUAAGGGGGCUUGGAACUGCCCCAACAGGCCACGCUCCUAUUGAAAGGUUGCUAAGCCUCAAAAUGGCAAAGCUUUUGGGUAGUGUAAUCUUUAGUUUCUUCACUGAUGGAUAACAUACAUCUUGGAAAAGUUUCGUGUUAAUUUUCAUUUAAUUUAUUAGUAGAAAUGUGCUUGUGCCUUGAGCAAGUCCUGUCAUAGUAAUGAAAUUUCAUAUUGCCCUGUACAAUGACAUGGCCAACUUUUUAUCAAAAUAUAAAAAUGACAGAUGAAUCUGUCAUUCCCUCAAGAAUCUGAUUAACUUUUCUAUCACUGUCAUUUCAUGGCUACAAACUAUUAGGACACAUUAUGAGGUUGAUAAAAUAGCAGCAUUUUACACCAAUAUGAUUGAAACUCAUUGUUGUUGCCCUUAAUAUUUGCCAGGAAAAGAUGCCAAAGUUGAGUGAAUAAUGUAAUGCAAUGACAUUGAAUGCAAAGUUUCUCUACUUCGCAAAUAAACUCCAUGUUUGCAUGCAUCAGUUCCAAAACAGAUCA